CGCUGACCGUCCUGCAGCCCUACUGCAACGGCAUUGUACUAGUAUCUCGUCAUCGCUUUUUCGUCGUGCUCGUUCUCGGUCGAUUCUCUACGGACUGCCACACAGCCUCCUUCUUGGCCCCCCGGAUCCUUUCUGACCACGGCGCUUCUGAUUGGGAGAAAUGCGCCCAUUGACCGCCUUUUGAAUCGGGGACCAACAUUGAACACUCACUCCAAGUCAUUUUUUAUAUUUCAUUAUCGUCGUCGGUUAAGGGACCUCGGCGCAAGGCGUCUGUUCUCGGCAAGGCACCCGAAGAUCCAUCCCGAAAAAAAAUGCACUUCUCACCUACCCCAAGCAGUCAGUGCCAGUCACACAACGUUGUCAGCCAGGCUCCCUGUUGGCCCGUCAUCGAUCUGGACCCACCCGUAGGGCUGAGUACAGAUGAGGAACUAGCCUGUGGUUGGUUCAAGUCCUCAUGGCCCUUUCGAUAUCACCUCUGUUGGUAGUCCUCUGCGUGGCUUGCGCCUGGCAAGUGUCUGCGUGAGUGUGUGUGUGCCUGUCUUGGUGUGUUGGUGUGCCUCUCUCUGGCCGACAUCCUCGGCAGUCAACCCUAGCUUGGCCAACUUAUUCAACGGUGCUCUAAACUUAGUUCUCACUUACACAUCACAGGCUGCCUCUUCGUGAAAUAUGGAUGCCUUCGGCUUUGUACAGGCUGCCGGAUAUAUAUGGCACUGGCUGCCAAAGUCAACAAUGCAUCACGGCCAAGGAUCUCCAUCACAGCUAGCCUCUCGAGAUCAGGUGCCGAGCUGAUGAUCCGCCUAAUAUCAAUACCUCACUCGUUAAUCUCAUUCGCUUUUCAUGUCGUCAUGUCGAAUCAACUACCCCCACGCAGGCGUUGGGCCGAAUCUGGUGACUGGGAUCCCGUCCGCCCGCUCAUAACGAGGAUGUACAAGGUCGAGGGCAGGUCAUUGAAGGAAGUAAUGAGGAUCAUGGAGACAGAGCACCAAUUCCUUGCCACGCCAAAGAUGUACAAGAAGAGAAUAAAAGACUGGGCCAUUGACAAGAACCACAAAUCCGAGAGGUCGCCCCGGACGAGACAGCAGCGGGAUCUGCCGGGCGAGCCACACUCGAGCAGCGUCAGGAGCGUUGCCAUUGGCCCUCAAAGGCUAAGAAAUCCCACAUUCAACCCCAGUCCCGGCCCUGUCCAGGCUUAUCAGUACGGCACGCGUCCACCAGCUGAGGGAUCCACGCAGAGAGGAUACCCCAACCACACCCCCGGGACCAUGCAGCCACCACAACAGGGCCAGCCAUACUGGGCAGCAGGCACCAGCCAGCCCAACAGCGACGGCUACGGCUACGGCUCUUAUCACACCUGCCCAUUCCCACAGAGCGGGCAUGCAAGUAUCAGCGAGCAACCCAGGACCUCCCCUCCCUCCUCCCCCUCGUCCUCCUCCGCCGCCCUCCUCAGCAGCAUCCGGGACCGCUUCCUAGAGGCAUCAGACGCCAUAACCCGCCGCGACACCACCGCCGACCUCUUCGGGAUCCUCAACCCGGCCUACGAGGCCAUCAGCGCCGUCGCCGCCUCCGAGGCCGGCACCAGCACGGAACAGCUCCUCGCCGCCGUCGCCGACCUCUGCCGGCUCCUCGCGGGCAGGCCGGACCACCGCGACAUGCUGCGGCAGCUCCUGCAGUACGUGCUCGCGCUCGUGCCCGGCGCCGCGCGCUCGGGCCGGUUCCUCUCGGGCGACGGGGUGGUGCUGGCGGUCCUGGGGCAGGCGGGGGGCGGGGGUGGUGGUAUGCCGUCGGACACGGCCGUGCCCGCGCGGGAUCAUGACUGCUGCGAGCAGCAGCAGCAGGCCACGGGGGCUGGAUCAGCCUCGGGAGGCUGCUGGUUGUGACGGGGGGGCUGGAGGCUUCCCUGUUGGUUUCGAUUCGCUUCUGGUGCCACUGGUGGAUGACCCUCUUGUAGGUUCACAUGGCGAGUCUUUGUAUUUUUAUUUUUUUCUCCGUUUCUCUUUCAUAUUCCCUCAGGGAUGGAUGCUGGAUACCCAACAGAUCUGCCGGGUGGCAGAUUUAUUUAUUUCUCUUAUUGGUUCUACUUCCCUUUUUAGUCGAGCUUUCAUGUAGGCGCCUCUAGCUGUGUCCUCUCAAUCUCAACCUUCUUAUCUA